AUGACAGGCGCGGUCGAAGAUGAUAUAAUUGACAACGAUACUCGUCUCCCUCCAAGGCUUUUCGCAACAGACCGUUACCCUGAUGCUCGUCUCAAUAUCUACUCGAGACCCGACAUUCUUACUGUAAUAUGUGACGUUUUGAAAGGUACCAAGGAAGUGGAAACUAUCUUAGACUCUUGUUUUGGUUCUCUGUUUAGUUUAAGGGUUAGCGAAUGUUCAAUCUCUUGCAAACUAGUUCAUGCGUUGUUAUGUAGACAAUUGGUUACAAAACAGAAAUACGAACUGAAGAUGAUUUUUGGUGGACAGCCAUUGAGAUUCUCUUUAGUUGAGUUUGGUUAUCUAACUGGUUUGCCGUGUGGUGAAUUUCCAAAGGAGUAUGAUCCAGACUUCUUCCCUAAACGCAGGAAGGGUAAGUUUGAAUUGUUUGAUGAUGAUGAAGCAGAAGAUAAUGAUGAUGAAGCAGAAGAUAUAAAAUUGUGGGUGAAUUCGCUGUUGUCUUCUGUAAAACAUGAAUUUGCGGAGAGUGUUAAGAAGUUAAGAUCUCAGAAUCUAAAUCUUCUGAAAAAGAUCAAGGCCUUGAAAUCUGUCAAAUUGCCCAAAUUUCGUUACCACAAGAUCUCCAGGUCCAGACAGUCAACUAGUCCUCCAUUUAAGAAAGUACGCCUAGCACUUAACCACCACACAUCGUCUGAAUCUCCUGUCAACCCUGUUGUAUAUUCUCCAAACAUCACAACUCCCCCUUCAGAACCAUUAACUUCAUUGCACGAGGGAGACAAUGUUUUAUCUGAUUCAGUGCAUGAUGGAGACUUUGCAGUUUCAGGAGAUUCUGAUAAGAUUGUUGAUGAUCUGUCAUGGCGUGAGUUAAAAACACAUAAGACCAACAAGGAUUCAGUUGAUUCCCCACAAAACUAUCUGAAUGAAACUCCAUCAAUGUUUAUACCCAAGUUUAUAUCUGCUAAUAGCACAGAGGUCCCUACCUCUCAUCAACCCAUCUAUGACACUGAGUCGAAAACUAGAGACGAGCAUAUGCCUUCUCCUCAACCUCCUGCUGUUUACGAUACCGCAACAAAACCAUCUUCUAUUGAUGUAUCCGAGGUUUUUCUCCCUAAAGGAUUUUACUAUUACUUUAAGUUUCUUAUAAUGGAUGUUACUCAUACGCUAAUGUUAUACCUCUUCUAUCUUAACAAGGAGAUUAAGAUUCAAGACUUGUCCUUAGCAGAAAAUGUUGACACAUUGGUUCAUUCAGUGUGCAAGAAUAUAAGUGCUUCAAUUGCUGCUCUGAGUGAAGUAGGAAAAGAGAGUCUUGCUAUGAUAGAAUGA